AUGCCGAAGAAGUUAUCGAAUGAAGCACCGCUUACAUUGCGCCGUAUGCCUAUCGUCAUUACCCCUCGGAAACGAAAGUACAAAAACUAUGUGUCACGUCGUCGAAAUACGCAGUUGUUAGCUAGUUUGCGCAAAUGUGUUUCGGAUCCUUUACUGUACCGUAGCUUCAAUCACUGGAAGGAGCUAUGGCGUGAUUUUUCUCCUAAGAAUAUGAAAUCGCCGUCUGUUCAUGAACCCACCAAAUUGCUAGUCGAAAGUGACGUUUCUGCAAAUAUUUCAACUAAUCAACCGUCAUUGCCACCUACGGCUACUCCACCUCAACCGCCCUCGAAUAAAAAGAGCACGUUGGAAGCUCAAGAAGCCAAGAAGGGCGAAAAAAGUUAUGCGAGCAUCCGCGCGGCACCCCUCACUCGCAGGAAAGAUGUGAAGGAGGAAAAUUCGCGCACCAAUCUUCCACAGUGGAGCGCUACCUCUAAGGCACCUCCUACCACUCGUGUUGAAAACAGCGUGCAGAAUCUUCUGUCCGUGCUGCCAUUGAUCAAGGGAGAGUCGGUAGACGCACCUUCCACGGAUACCGAAGUUCCAUCGAAACAGUCUGUACACGGUGGCGUCUGCGAUAGGGCUAAUGCUCCUGACCAGCUGCAAAAAUCUGCUGCUCCGUCGCCUUCAAGCAUUCCGACUGCUACUCCGGAGUCAGGUGAAGCAACGGGUGCCACGACAAGCAGUACAUCGAAAGGCACCAAGCUUGGUGCGGGAGAGCGAUCAGGCGAUCGAAAAAAUGCGGCACUGCUUCCAUCCGCACCGAAGGCUCUAAGAAAAGCGUAUGGUUCGAAGAGCGGGACUACGAUAUGUGCAGUUGGCUCUCCUUUGAACGUCCCUUCUACUAGCACUACUCUUGCCACUGAAGAUCAGCGUGUCAUCGAAAAGAAGCUUACGUUGCGCAAGAGGAAAGAACAAAUCAAAGAGAACGCUGUUUUCCCCGUACCUUCUGAAUGCACUGUAGACAUCGGAGAGAAAUCAAGUCAAGCCGAUGAGCAGAAGGCUAAGAAAACGGUAAAUGCCGUAGCAGCAGCAUUUUCCACGCAGUCCAUCGCCACUGAGGAUGCCCCAAAAGCGGAGGAGAAAAAGGAAGUUGAGAAGGGAGCCACUCAACGUGCCCCUAAAGUUCCUGCAUCAGCAACUGCUAGUCUUCUUGCUCAGCUACAGCUUCCACCAACGGUUUCUGCAAAAGUAGAUAAGAUUAUUGCUUCUGGUCAGAAGGCAAGACCGCAACAGAAAGCUGGUGACCAGCGCGCUCGCAUGAAAGCCCAUUUGGACCGCCAAGCUGCUGGUGUUUUACCUGAUGAUGACGACGGUCACCUCAUCUUCAAAAAGAACGAUGUCUUGAACGGAAGAUGGGAACUUCGCGAAGAACUAGGAGAAGGAACAUUUGGAAGGGUGGUGAAGACUUACGACAAACAGAGGGACAAAAUGCGAGCAGUGAAAAUUGUUCGCAAUGUGCACAAGUAUCGUGACGCCGCAUAUUUGGAAAUUAAGGUGCUGACAAAGCUGAAGCAACUUGAUCCCAGUGGAGCCCAUAAAAUCAUUCAACUUGUGGAACAUUUCGAUUAUCAUGGACAUUGCUGUCUUGUGUUUAAACUCUAUGGCCUCAGCGUGUUCGAUUUUCAGAGGAAGUAUAACUUUCGACCCUACCACAUAGAGGAUACGCGGCAUAUUAUGUAUCAGAUCUGCUAUGCUGUGAAGUUUUUACAUGACAACAAGUUGACACAUACAGAUCUCAAACCAGAAAACGUAUUAUUUGUAUGCGAUGAUUCUUACACCGAAAAAGUUGGAAACAUGACAUUUCACCGGCCAAAAAAUACCAACGUUCGACUGAUUGAUUUGGGUUCGGCAACGUUCAACAACGAACACCACUCCGCAAUCAUUUCCACUCGUCAUUACCGAGCACCUGAAGUCAUCUUGGAUCUCGGUUGGUGGCAGCCAUGUGACACGUGGUCCCUCGGUUGCAUUCUGUAUGAACUCCAUCGUGGCGCUACAUUGUUUCGUACCCACAGCAAUCGCGAGCAUUUGGCGAUGAUGGAACGCGUUUGCGGCCAUAUUCCUCUACGAAUGAUUCGCAAGACAAGGUGAGC